UACAUUUCAUCUACAAACACACAACAAGCAAACCACUAAUACAAAACACAAAAAUUUCCAACAUGUUUUCCUCCACCGUAUCUCCUCCCAAUUCCCUCCGUCUCCGCCCACCCCCACCGCCGCCGUUCCACUCUUCCCCCACCACUCUAUCUCCGACAUCACCAAAUCUCCGAUCACCACCAAUCUCCGCCACCGUUUACGCCACUGCCGACACAAUUUCACCACCAUCGUUCAUGUCCAUCAUUAAUUCGCCACCUUCUUUAUAUGAAAUUCUUGGCAUAUCUAACAGAGCAACAGAAACCGAAAUAAAAAGUGCUUAUCGCCGGAUGGCAAGAAUUUCACACCCAGAUGUCAAAAAUUGUUCUGGGGAAGAAUUCAUUAAGAUCCAUUCGGCUUAUUCCACGUUAUCCGAUCCGGAUAAACGUGUGGCUUAUGAUCGUAGGUUGACACUAAUGAAUAGAUCGAAAUCGUUUUCGAGUAAUAGACCCUCAAAUUCGAACAAUGGAUUCAAGGGUUACACUGGUCGGAAUUGGGAAACCGACCAGUGUUGGUAGUAAAUGGGAGAUGAUUCCUACACCCAGCUAAAAAAAAAGUUAGAUUCAUAUAGAUAUAAGGUUAUUCUAAUUUUUAAAGAUAUUAUAUUUUGGCUUAUGAAUCAAAUUUUGAAGUGUGUACUUUGUAUAUGGGAAGUGUAUUCUUACCAAAAAAAUUGAUGUAUUUCCUAUAUUAUUGACUUGUACAGUAUGCUAUAAACGUUGCACAGUGUGGUAUAUUAAUCACUAUUUGUGGUAUUAAUAUCA